GGCAGGUUGGCUCUCUUUUCUCCAACAACAACAACGUGGUUUCCGACAAGGCCGUGACUCAGUCGAGAUCUCGUCCUCUCCGCGUGUGUGUGCCGAGUGACGCGCCAACUGCGGAGAAAAAAUAACGUGAGCGACGAGGAAACGGUGCCUCAAGUAAGUGUCCAGCAUGUCCGGGACGGCGUCGGACUUCAUCCAGCUGUGAUCGAACAUGAACGGAAAACGGCCGAAGAAGGAAAGGAGGCCAUCAGGUUGGAGCAGCGACUCGAGCAGCAUUCCGUACGCAGACGCCGACAGUGGCGACCUUGACGUCCGCUGGGACACUUCGGACAGCAGUUCGGCAGACGAGGCGGCGCCGCCGCCGCGCAACUGCACGUCGUCGGCCAGCGGCGGCGUCGACAGCUGCAGCCUGAACAACCUUCUGGACGCCCUGGCCGAGGUCGAGGGAGGCGUGUCCGCCGCCUACUCGUUCUCCACCCUGCUGGACAGCGACCUGGACGUGCCGGACGCGCCUCCACUGGCAGGCGGUUCGCGGCCCAAAGGGCGCGGACACACGCUGCCUCGGCAGCGAGUGCGAUGGGACGACGGCGCCGCCGACGCCGUCCAACUCACGCCGGACGAGUUGUACUACUACUGUCCGAGCGGGCCUCGCAAGCAGCAGGUGGCCAGCCACAACAACAACGGCUCCCUGCUCAAGAGCAGACAGGCCGGUGAUAGGAAGAAAAGUGCGACCCUCGACAACGCGGCCCACGUGGACAGGUCCAACUACCUGUCGCGUCAAAAGGAUCAAAUUGUGAGUCCGGUCGCACCACCCUUGGCGAUGACGCGGCUCCAGCAAAGGUCGCCCUCGCCAGGCAGCUUGGACGGGGUGCCCCCGCCGCCCCCUCAGCCCCACUACAUUUCCACCCUAAGGGCGAACGCUCGGCGGGGGAACAGCCCUGACAAGGAGAAGGACCCUUUGGCCGCCCUGCAGAGGUUCCUGCGCGCCCUUUACAGAGAACUGGCCUCGCGGGACCAACCGCAGCCCCCGGCGUGGGCACCUGAGCUCCCGCCGGGCACUCUCAGUCCUGCGUCGUUCCAGCCGGCGCUCCGACUCGUCGCUCCCGGAGAGUCGGCAACCAUGAGGAUGGAUCAAUUGCUGACUGCACUGCGGAUGGACGAAGGCAUCCUCCUAGAGGCACCUCGUCGCGUCCUGAUCGAAGGUCUGCCCGGAAGCGGCAAAACCAGCCUAGCCCUGCGUCUGCUGCACUCGUGGGCCACCCACUCGGACCCUUGGCUGAGCAACGCCAUCAGCAUCGCCCUCCUCAUCCCCUUGCGCGAGCUGCGCGCCUCUGGCCAGAGUCUGAGUCAGUUCAUCGGCAAGUCGCUUUUCCCGCGAGCGGCUCUCGGCAACGGCAAGGACAGUUUCUCCAGGGUGUGGCGCCGUCUCGGCGCCCUGGAGGAGAAACUGAUGAUCGUCAUUGACGGCGACUACGACGACGAGCUGCUGCCCGGCGAGGCGACCGACCUGCUCGAAGGUCGCCUCCUGCCGGAAGCGCGAGUCGUGAUCACCCUGUGCCCUGGCCGACGGGCAAACUCGCUGGCGCCCUUCGUCCAACGCCGGGUGCUGCUCACCGGCCUCCAACUGAACCACGUCGCCAGACUCACGCAGCAGUACUUCCUGGGCAAACGCAUCCCGGACGGCGCCUCCAGGUUCCUGGACGCACUUGGCGAAGAGAGCAACCCCCUGCGCGACCUGGCCACGUGGCCCCUGGGCUGGAUUUUGCUGUGCAUCAUGUUCGAAGAGGGGUCGGGCACGCUGCCGUCGCCGAACGCGCCCAUCCACGAAAUCUACAACGAAAUGUUCAAGUGCAUGGUGAGCAGGUGCCUGGCCCGCAGAGGUCAAAGUCCGACCGAGGGCAACGAACUGCCCACGCACUGCAAGAAGCUGCUGGCCGAGUUUGGCAAACUGGCCCUGUCGGGGAUCAACAACGGCUGCUUCGUCUACCUGGACACGGACAUCAAAAUCGUGUGCCGAGGCCUGGAGGUGGCCGACCUGGGCUUCCUGACCAGGGGGCUGCAGUUCAGCAGGGGCACGCGCAAGGGCGAGACGUACCACGUGAUCCACCCCUCGUUCAGCGAGUACUUGGCCGCGUAUUACGUCUCCUCCAUCGUGCACUACUCCAACAUUCUGCAGCGCGAGAUGGAGGAGAUUCCGGGCUUCCUGCAUCCGGACACGCCGAGUCUGAUUCCGCGCAUCCUGAUGGGGUUGCUCGGCCGCAAAGGGUUCCUCGUCUUUGAGCAGCUGUGCCCGCUGGACGUCAGCAUCAAGGUGCUCUUCACCCUUUUGCGCGCGUGCGGCCCCGGCGACGCGAACGUGGCCGCCGUUUGCCGCCUGCUGCGGUGCACAGGCGUGGGCAACUCGGGGGCCCAGGUCGUGCACACCAACACCGGCGAGCUGCUCGGCUGGGGCCUGGUGCUCAGCAGCCCCGCGUGCCCUCUGCAAGCGCUCGAGCUCACCGUGCAGACGGAGGGCGUCAACCCCGACGCACUCGACAAGUUUUUCUGCGCCCUCGCUGAAAAUGAGAGUGUCAAGGCUGUGCGCAUUUCGUCCCUCUUGGGACACGAACUUUCGGCAAACCAAGUGAUCAGAAUGUCCAAAUACGUGGCGCUCACUGUUCCAAAACCUAGACUGCAGACGUUCGAGUUGGUCAUCACUUGCGUUGAUGAAAGCCCACCUGACAGAUUUCAACCGUUAGUGAACUCGCUGUCAGCAUGCCUAUCGCAAGGCGAGAUCAGUUGUCCCCGGCUGAGCAAACUGGUGCUCGAUCUGAGUCUGAACUCGUUGCAACUGGUGCAGCUGUGCGCCGCCCUGGAGGAGGCGCCGUCCGUGUCGGUGCUUCACCUGCCGCACCUGGGCUGCGGCGCAGACGGUUUGCGAGCGCUGGCCAGUCUCAUGAGGGUGCGACCCCUUCUCGCUCUCAACUUGAGUGGCUCUUGGGGCGCAUUAGUGCGUGAUGACCCUCCAUCGUCGAGUGGGGCCAGCGUCGGCAGCAGCAGCGGCUCCACCGAGCGGCCCAAAGGCGCCGCCGGCUCGCCCAAAAGCAGCAGCUACUUUUCUCUGCCGCGCUCGCACACAUACCACAGCCUCUCGCGCAGCACGGCCGCCACCCUCCCGAGGGCCCCCGGCACCCCCAAGGACGACAAACGCCUCUCCGACUCGGCCCUUUUCCAAAAGUACUGCCCCCCUGUCGUCUGCGAGUCCCUCGAGCACCGCACGGCGUCUGGAUUCCACGCGAUCUUCGAGUCGGCCAAAGACCCCAAUGUCUGCGUUCGCGCCCUCAACGUCAGCAAAUGUGCCUUGGGGGCCGACGACGCACUCUGCCUUGGGGACACGGUGCGAAAGUCGCGGUCUUUGGCCGCGUUGAGGCUCGAGGGGACCUCGCGCUUGGGCGAAGUGCUGCCUGUGAUUUUGGCGCUGCCCGAGUCACCGGCACUGCAGCUGCUCGACUUGGCCUCUCCGAGAAUCGUCUUCAUGGAUGCGCCGACGCAGCUCCUGUGCCACGCACUCUCUAGGAGCCCGUCGUUGCGACUGCUGGGGCUCGAUGGAUGGACUUUUAGAGUGGAGGAGGAUGUUACUUUGACUGCCUUGACAAGCUUUCUGCGAUCAACAGAUUUAAGAGACAUAGUGCUCUCACACUGCCGAAUUCAUAUCACCUGCGUGGAAGGUCGCCUUGCCCGACUCGGCAAACGAGACGACUACGAGGUCCGAGCCGAGCUUCUCUCGUCUUUGCCCGAGUUCAACGCUUCGAGCGUUGCGUUUUUGAGACUGGCUGGCUUUGCCGUCGCAGUCAACGACCACGUCGUGCUGCGCGGUCCGCACAUUUUACCCUUCCUACGAGGCUUCACUCGGCUCAGCGAACUGGACCUGAGCCUCGACCAACCAGGCGCCAGGGACGACCCUGACAAGGAGGAAUUUGUCGACGACAAAACCCUAGUGCACUUUUUCUUGACACUGUCGCAGAAUUUCCGAUCUUUGCAAUCGCUACGAAUCGGCGGCUGGCGGGUCAAACUCGAGGAGCCCGAGAGGUCGCUCAGGUCUGUGGGCAGGUCCCUCAGGCUGUGCUCGUUGAGCCACCUCAGGGCCGACGGUGUGAUUAUGGUGGACGGAAGCAAGAACUCGAUCGAACACUGCUUUUUGCAGACGGCGGUUGCCAGCUUGGGUUUGCUCACCUGGCUGGCCAUCGAAGGGGUGACCCUGCAGCCCCAUCAGGCGGCCACCUUUGGCAGAGCGGUCCGAGACCGAUUUGCCGGCGCCACCCUGAGAAUCAGUGCUCAGGACGUGAGUGUCGAUUCAGUGAAAGCGAUGAUUGAUGCGGUGCAAGAAGGGGCCAAAGCAGAGGUGACUUACCUCGGGGGCGCAGGUUGCAACCUCAGGAUCCAACGGGUCGUGAAAAAUCACAAAAUUAGGGGGAGAAUAAGGAGAUUCACGUCGUUAAAAGAUUAAGAUUUUAUCAGCCGAUGUAUUUGUCUGCGACCUGUUGCGAAUGUAAUUGUAUAGCUGAGUAUAUUUGCAAUAUUAUUUGCAUGAACAACUCUCCCCCCAUUUUUUGAGGUUUUGUCGGGAAAGUGUGCAAUGCAGUGGCUAGAGCGGUGAUUAUAAAUUCAUAAAUGUUAAUGAGAAUAAUAUGUGCGUAACUGAGACGUAUGUGUAACUCAUUGCCCUGAUAUGAUCUAUGAAUAAACAGCUUGGCGUGUGUGCGGGAAAAUCGAAGUUAUCAGUGCUCCUUAAAAAUCGCCCUUAUCCAAUUAAAUAGUAAAGAAGUGUCCACUUAGAUUAUCAAAAUAGCCAGAGCCUUUUUGUGCUUCUCUGUGUAUCCUUUUAAUGUAUAACUCGUCCCAAAUUCUAAAUACACUCUCCUCUGCGAAAAAAAAUAAAACAAAUUUUAUCAACCUAAACUCUAAAAUUUUGCGUCUUAUGCGUUAGAAAUAGCUCGAUGGCGCUUUGACAAGGGCCCUGCUGCUCAAGCAAUGUGGGCUGCCAGAAAUAAAUAAUUUUUAAACAUUUACAAAGAGUGAACAAAAGUAUAGUCAAGUUUUCUACUUUUGUAUGCUUUUAAUUUUAAGCCAUGCAAUGCGUUGGAACGUUGUUAUCAAAGUAAAUAAUUAAUGCAAACGAAAUACUCAAAAUUAUUGACUCACUGAUUAAAUGAGAUUAGGCGUUUUGGAUUAUUUGCAUUUUACUCAUAAUUGACAAGGAUGUUGAUUUGAUGAAUGACGUAAAAUUUAUUAAAACUUAUAAAAAAAGAUAAGCACAUAUAAACACAUAUUCUUCGUGGCUGUGUUGUUGUUUUCCAUCGUCCUUGCAAAAAAUAUAAUAUAAUUAAAUGUAUAUGUAAAUGUACUGAAAAACACAUUUGUGUGAACCUUAUUUGUUUUAGCAUAGAGAGAAAAAUGCUGCCGGCACAGACCUCUGCUCGACAAAAUGAACAGAGCGGGAAAAAAUAAUGCGCCGCGGGGUAUAAAAAUGCUUUUACUUUUGAUUUGUUGGCAAAAUAAUACAUGCUUGCAAUUUAUCAGACUCAGCGGAAAUCACGCAAAAAGGAAUGCGGAUGGUGUGUAACUUUUAGUUUCCAGAUCAUCAAAGCCAAUACGCCAGCUCUGUUAAGCUGUAGGAAAAAAUGAGAAUGUUAUGUCAAAUGGAUGGUUAUAUAAUAUUUCAGAGUAAAGAAAUGAAAAAAAAAAAUUGCUCCCAUUCCAACAUAAUUACCUUUUUAUAAGGCAAUACCUUUUACUGUAAAAGGAAACAAAAGCAUUGUUUUGAGAUACAAAAAUUUUGCAUUAAUAUUGUACUUGCAUUCAUUGCAUCUCGUGAAUAUAACUUUGUCUCUUUUGGUCCAAAGAUGCCAUGUUACAAUUUUUAAUGUAAAUAAAAAAGACGUUUUCAAUUGUUAA